ACUAGGACGACACGGCAUUUCCAAAUCAACGGUUUGAUUGGCUCUUAUCAUUUGAAAUAUACUAAGAAUGAAAUACAACUUUUGGUUUGUAAAAUAAUUGCGUACCCGGUCUCCGAACCAAGAACCGUUACCCUUGAGUUGAAACUUUUAAAUGGCCAACAAUGCUUUAAUUUUGGCUAUAGUAUUCCUUACCCUGCAUAUUCAGCUAUUUCCAGGUGCGGCAACCACAUUCACAGUAGAAAACAACUGCAACUACACAGUGUGGCCGGUCAUACAAACCGCAAGUAUGGACAAUGGAUUUUCUCUGUUAAGUGGUGAAUCAAAGGUCGUAAAUAAUAUUUCAGCUACUCAGGCUCCGAGCGGUCAACUUUGGGGGCGAACUCUAUGCUCAACAAACAGGUUGACAGGGAAUUUCUCAUGCCUCACCGGCGAUUGCGGUUCUGGGAAGAUGGAUUGUCAGGGUAUGACUUCCACAUCCCCAACUACUUUAAUCGACUUUUCUACCUCCAAACAAAUUAACCAGGACUUUUAUGAUGUUAGCGUUGUUGACGGCUAUAACAUCCCGGUAGCGGUGUCUCCGCAAGGCAGCAGUUGUGCUGUGACUGGUUGCGUAUUUGAUCUCAACGACAACAAGUGCCCGGAAAAACUCAGGGUGAUCAACAACGGGAACAUAAUUGGUUGUAGAAAUCCAUGCGACGUGUCUCAUAGUAUAAAUGGGUUCGACUGUAAAGAAAAUGGCUCCUCGAUUUGGUCACUUAUCUUGAAAAAGGCGUGCCCACGCGCUUACACCAUUCCACAGGAUGAUGCUACAGCAGCCUUUUCUUGUCCCAGCCCCAAGUCGUAUAGCGUUACGUUCUGCCCGUCUCCCACCGUAGCCAGUGUAGUAUCUAAACCUCAAUCGAUACAACAGUCAGUGACAUCACCGUCACCGUCACCAUCACCAUCACCAUCACCGGAAACACCGGUACCAAUUCCAUCACCAAUAUUUAAUUUGCCAAAGAAUUCCGCAGAACAUCGUAUAAGGAGUGAUUCUAAAAGGAUGCGUACUAUUCUGUUAGUUGGCUUACCAAUAGCAAUUGCAAUAACAACUUUGUUGUUGUAUGGAGUUUGGACAUGUAUACGCAAGAGGAAGGUUAUAAAAACAUCUACUACCUCGGAAGUUUUGGAGAUUCAAAAAGCAAUAUUGGACUCCUUGCAAUUUGACUUAAAUACAAUUCAAUUAGCAACAAACAACUUUGCUGCAGAAAAUAAACUUGGAGAGGGCGGAUUUGGUGAAGUUUAUAAGGGAAAACUCGAGAAUGAUCAGGAAAUUGCUGUCAAAAGACUAUCAAAAAACUCAGGACAAGGAGCCGCAGAGUUCAAAACAGAAGUUGUUUUAGCUGCAGAACUUCGACACAAAAACUUGGUCAAACUCUUGGGAUUUUGUGUGGCAUCAGAAGAAAAGAUACUUGUCUAUGAGUUUCUUCCUAACUCAAGUUUGGACAGAUUUUUAUUUGAUAAAACAAAGCAAACAUCUUUAGAUUGGCAAACAAGGUUCAAGAUUGUAGCCGGUAUUGCUAGAGGGCUUUUAUACCUUCAUGAAGAUUCCCCAUCUAAGGUCAUUCAUCGAGAUCUUAAAUCAAGUAACAUAUUAUUAGACGAAGAAAUGAACCCCAAGAUAUCAGAUUUUGGCCUCGCAAAACUUUUUGGUGUUGAUCAAACUCAAGGCGACACUAAAAGGAUCGUCGGGACGUAUGGUUAUAUGGCUCCAGAAUAUGCAUUAACUGGCCAUUACUCAGUAAAGUCUGAUGUUUAUAGUUUUGGAGUGUUAGUCCUUGAGAUCGUGAGUGGCCAAAGAAGUAGAUAUUUCAGACAAUUGCAGCUUGAAGAGGCAAUGAUUCACCGCGCAUGGAGGUUGUGGAAUGAAAACAAGACGUUAGAUUUUGUAGAAACAACAUUACACAACAACAUUCCAAUAGACGAAGUAAAUAAAUGCAUUCAUAUUGGUCUAUUAUGCAUUCAAGAAAGUGAUGUUCUAAGGCCGAGAAUGAAAUCUAUUGUUGCGGCCCUCAAUAGUAAGUCAGUUAGUUUACCAGUUCCUAGGCCUCCCAAUUUCUUUGGUACUAAUAAUUUAGAAGAGAAUGAGAUGCAACAUCAUUCUCUAGGUGUUUAUACAGGUCCUAACUCGAUUACAGAAGUGUAUUCCCGUGAUUAACCCACUUCAUUCAGUUGUUGUUCCUUAUAAGUUUUUGUACAAGUACUUUAGCCAUGAAAGUACAUCAAUAGCCAUGAAAGCAUAUCAAUGUAAAGUUCGUUUAAGUAUUCA